AUGAACAGGCCGCUCGGCCCUCGACAGCCAGACAAGCGCAACGCCGCCUUCGAGUCCAUCUUUGGUCGUCCGAGCGCAAACCACCAUCAGCCUCAAAGCCCUCCUGUCUACUAUUCCCACUCUCUGCAGCCUCCCCCGUCCGACGGCCAGCCGUAUCCUUAUUACCCCCAGCAGUAUAACUCACCGCUCGACAGGAGGGUGUCCAGCUCUUCCCAGUCAACGUCGAUCAAUUAUCCGCAGCAGCAUGCAGCCCAGCCCGCGUUCGGCCAGUCGUACUACUCCCCAUCAUCUCAGCAGCAUCAGCAAGGGUAUGCACCCGCUCAGCACCCAGGUUAUGCUCAGUCCCUUGCCCCGCCCUCUGUGAUCGGUCGCGCAAGUUCCAUCGGCAAUUCUCCUGGUGUUAUUGCACCCCAGCCUGAAGAGCCCGCAGAUGCUGGCCUGGAGGCAUUGGUGCAGUCAGGUCUCACUCCCGCUCAGGCUUAUCAGGCCCAGGUCUACCUCACCAGCCCAAUGGGACAGCAGAACAAUCGGCAGCGGCCAAACAACACGGCGACCGACUCUCGUGCCCAGUUGCCAUUACAGCCAUCGCACUCACCCGCAGCCAGCCUGCCGAAGUUAGGUGUCAACAUCGAGACGGACGACGGGAGACUGGGCAUCGACUUUGGAGGGGAGAGCAGUACACCGAGUGACCAGGGUGCAGAGGACGCUAGCGAGCUCCCCUGGGCGAGACAGCACCGGUCGAAACCCAGCAGUGUACGGUCGCGACUAUCUGGCGCCUCAGGUGGGCUCGCUUCUACCCCAGAAUACCCACCAUUCCCCUCCAGCUCCAAUUCUCGCCCGUACCCUCUCCAGCUUGACACCGCCGUCAGCUCCGCGCCCGCCGGCACAGGCGCGAGCAAUUCUCCCGCAUCCUCUACCAUGGUCGAUCCCACAAAUUCCAUCGCAUCCGGUCGACGCUCUUCCGAUUCCUCAAAGGCUCUCUCUGAUCCUGUCUUGCGCAAGGACCGCAACUCUUCCGACCGUUCGCGGUCAAUGUCUGCUACUAUUACGCCCCAGUUCCGCGCUAUGUUGGAGUCCGGGCGCAUACCCAGACCGCCCAUCCCUUCUGCCCCCGGCAACCGCGAGUCUUCUGCAUCUGCGCGUGCUUCAGUGCCGCCUCGCGCACCCAUUGUAUAUCCUGCGUUACUGUCGCGAGUGGCAGAAGCAUUCAAGGCGCGUAUCCAGCUCGCCGACCGUGUGAAGGAUGGCCUGACGUACAAAGAUGCGUUUGACGGACGUGAGGCGGUCGAUCACAUCGCGUACAUUAUCAAGACUACUGACCGCAAUCUCGCACUACUUCUUGGGCGUGCGUUGGACGCGCAGAAAUUCUUCCAUGCGGUCACGUAUGACCAUCGCUUGCGCGAUAGUGCUAGCGACCUGUACCAGUUCCGCACAAGGCUACCGAGUCCUUUCGUCAGUGGUGAGUUGGAGAAUGUGGAGGAGGAGGGUGACAGCAAGGCUCCGGGACAGGCUCUCAUCAGCGACGGAGUCGCAGCAGAGCUUUCGGCGUUGAUGAAGGACAGUCCGACAGCAUCUGCGGAGUCCGAUGCGGAGAAGAAGGACACUUCACGGCCUACGUCUCCAUCGCCGCCGGAUUCGGUUGCCUCGCCAACGACACGACCACGGGGAGGGUCGGUGUCGGCGGAUGAUGUACCGUUGCCCUCAGGCGUUUUCACCUUGCUAACGGAUUGUUAUUCCCCCACAUGCUCGAGGGACCAACUAUGUUACUCCAUCGCCUGUCCAAGACGGUUGGAGCAGCAAGCUCGGUUGAACAUGAAGCCACAACCUGGACUGAAAAAGCAGAUCAGUCGGGAGAGUCUGGGUGAUCUCGUGGAGCCCGGCACUCUAUGGAUCCAUUCGGUGCCGCAGGAAGUGGUCAACAGCGUCUCCGAUGCCGAGAAGAAACGGCAAGAAGCUAUCAACGAGGUCAUGUACACGGAGCGGGAUUUCGUACGAGACAUGGAGUACCUCCGAGAUUUCUGGAUGAAGCCGCUCAAGGAUUCGGACAUCAUCCCAGAACCGCGCCGCGUAGACUUCCUACAGCAGGUCUUUUGGAAUAUCAACGACAUUAUCGCGGUUAACAUACGCCUCCGCGACGCUCUCAACAAACGGCAGAAGUCGUACGCUGUCGUCGAGCAGAUCGGAGACAUACUCUUGGAGGCUGUUCCACAUUUCGGUCCUUUCGUUUCGUACGGAGCUCACCAAUUAUACGGGAAGUACGAGUUCGAGAAGGAAAAGGGUUCGAAUACCGCGUUUGCUCAAUUCGUCGAGGAAGUAGAGCGAUUGCCGGAAUCGCGCAAGCUAGAACUUAACGGCUAUUUGACGAAACCGACCACCCGUCUUGCCAGAUAUCCCCUACUUCUGGAGGCCGUACUAAAGCAUACAUCUGAUGAUAACCCCGAUAAGACAACACUACCUAAAGUCGUCGAGAUUGUCAGAAAUUUCUUGAAAUCUGUGAACGCCGAGACCGGCAAAGCAGAGAAUCGCUUUAACCUUCUGCAAAUUGACCAGCAGCUUUUUUUCCGGCCAGGGGAACAAGUUGAUUUGCGUCUGAAGGAGGAAGGUCGAGAACUGAUCUAUAAGGGUGCGUUGAAGAAGCGCGGGAAUUCACAAGGCGACAACGGCGAGCUGCAAGUCUUCCUGUUUGACCAUGCUCUGUUGAUGGUCAAGCCAAAGAGUAAGGUCGAUCAAUACAAAGUGUACCGCCGACCAAUACCUCUGGAGCUGCUACUUGUCUCGGCACCCGACGAUUAUCCUUCAACAAAGCCCCAAAAAGAGCGGCAAAAGCAGUUGGUCAAGAACUCGCCGCAUGCUCCCGUUGUUCCCGUGAAGGACAUCAAGGGCGGAUUCUCCAUAACAUUCGUUCAUCUUGGGCGCAAGUAUUACCAGAUGACGCUGUGGGCGAGCACGUAUGUCAGCCAGCGCAAGUGGGUCGAGCACAUCCAAAAACAGCAGGAUCUCAUGCGAGAGCGGAGUCUGGCAUUUGAAACCCUUGUAUUGAGCGAAGGAUUCUUCGUCGGUCCAAAUAGAGUGAACUGCGCGGCACCUUUCAGUCAUGGCAAGCGUGCUGUGUACGGUACCGACGACGGUAUAUAUUUGUCCAAUCUCUGGGAACGAAAUCGAGAACCGGUCAAAGUGCUGGCUUUGAAGGACGUACAACAGGUCGAUGUGCUGGAAGACUAUCAACUCCUCAUUGUUCUCUCCGAGCGGCAAGUUAUUACAUUCCCGCUUGAUGCCCUGGAUCCGAUGGAUCCAAUGUCAGGUCUGAAGCGCGCGAAGAGGAUAGCUUCCCACAUUUCCUUCUUCAAAGCAGGUGUCUGCCUCGGGAAAACUCUUGUAUGUGUCGUCAAGGCCAGCCCGCUCUCCAGUACUAUCAAGACUUUUGAACCCAUCGACCAAAACGUACGCGGUCGGAACAAGCCAACUUUCCGGAAGCUGUUGCAAGGCGGCAAUGACACUCUACGGGUAUUCAAGGAGUUUUAUAUUCCAGUUCAAUCCAGCUCUAUUCACUUCCUUAAAACGAAGUUGUGCGUGGGUUGUACGAACGGCUUCGAGAUCGUCGAUCUGGAAACCUUAGAUACACAAGGAUUACUGGAUCCUGCAGACCAAUCUCUCGAGUUUGUCCGCAAGCGGGAGAAUUUGCGUCCGUUGGCGAUUUAUCGGAUAGACAACGAAUUCCUUCUUUGCUAUGAUGAGUUUGCCUUCUACGUGAACAAGACUGGCUGGCGAUCACGAAAAGACUUCAUGGUCUAUUGGGAAGGGUACCCAACCGGUUUUGCCCUACACUAUCCCUAUGUUCUCGCAUUCGAACCCACCUUCGUCGAGAUCCGCCACGUCGAAACUGGGUCGAUGUCGCAGAUCAUUCAAGGCAAUAACUUGCGCUGUCUUUUCGCCGACACUCCUCCAUCGACCACCCACUCUGCGGUCCAGCAUCAGUCCAGCCCGUACCAAGCAGGAUACGGCGGAUAUAAUCAAUACAGUUCGCCACCGCCUCCAAGUGCCUAUGGCAGCCGACAUUCCUUCGGUAACGGGUACGCCACCUCGCCACAGUCCCCAUACCCGAGUCCGUACAUCCCUCGGGCGCACCAGCAGUCCGGCCGUGACGAGAUCCUCGUGGUGUCCGACGAUAGGGUGAUGCGGCUGCAAUUGUGCGCGCCCGCCCAAUAG